CGUCAGGACUGCUUGUUCGUCUUGGGCGGGAAUGCUGCUGUUCGAAUGCGCAGCCUUCAUUGAUUGUUGGGUUGUCUCACAUGUCACGCAAGGCUGGUUGACCGAGACACACACCACGGAGGAGAUGGAAGAUUACUUGGGGAAGCGAUCCUACGAGGAGAGCAGCUGUUAUGAGGCUGAGGAUAACAGUGCGCAACAAGGUCCCGCUGCAGGAGAGAAGAGGAGCUGCGAGCAAGGCUUCAGCUGGUGGACCUGCAUGAUGUACAGCAUGCCGCAACAGGAGGUCGUUGUGUCCAAGAAGACGGGCAACCUGUUGCAGUGACGUGACGACGCUGCGUGUGCUCACCAUACACGCUCGCAGGUGUUUUGCCUCUUGCAUCAGCAGUGUGAUGCUUUUAUGUGUAAUCAACCUUCUAAUUCAUGUCAACCACAACCUCCAAGUGCCUUGGCCUUGUUGUUGUCAUUUGUUGUAUUGACGAACCCUGUCAUCCCUUGCCAUGUUGACAUGAUGUGAUGUGACAUGAUACGACUGUAUCAGCAGUUGUUCACCAGUUGCUGCUGCCAACCUGUCAUCGCCACAACUCCCACUAUCACCACAGCUGCCGCAACCCCUCCUUCGUCUCUGUGUUGCUGUUGCUUGCGUGCUGCAGCUUCGUGUGUGACUGCUUCCCGCACCCGUUCGGCUGUUGUCACACCAUGUAAUGAACCACAACACACACGCACGCCGCUGAUCGAGGGACAUGCGAAC